AUGAAGCACUUCCUUGCUUUGCUCCUGGGAUCCUUAGCCGAGCACCACGUGCUUGCCGGCGUGGUGCUCGGCGUCAGAGGCCACCAGAGCGCCCGGCACUCGCAGUGCUUCCAAAGCCCAGCGGAGUUGAAAGCAGCCGUCGAUGGAUGGGCGAUUGGAGGUGAACGGAGGUCACAGCUGCUGUCCCGCUACGGGCCGAUGGCUCGCUGGGAUGUGUCUCAAGUGACCAACAUGAGCGGGCUCUUCCAGUCCUUGAAAGCCUUCAAUGAGGACAUUGUUUCCUGGAACACUUCUGCUGUGAAUGACAUGAGCUUCAUGUUUGCCGAUGCUCGCAGCUUCAACAAACCUCUCCGCUCCUGGAACACUUCCGCUGUAGAGGACAUGAAUCAUAUGUUCUACAAUGCUGCCACGUUUGACCAAGCACUUGACUUGUGGAAUACAUCAAGGGUCAAAACGAUGAGCUUUAUGUUUGGCAAUGCAGAUGAGUUCAAUCAAUCGAUUGGCUCCUGGGACACAUCAUCCGUGCAGGAUAUGAGUUGUAUGUUCUGCUAUACCAAAGCGUUUGACCAACCGAUCGGGUCAUGGAAUACAUCAGCGGUGACCGACAUGAACUCAAUGUUCAAAGGUGCUGCAAGCUUCAAUCAGCCGAUUGGCUCCUGGGACACGGCAUCAGUGACAGACAUGAGUUCCAUGUUCCAACAUGCGGUGGCCUUCAAUCAACCGAUUGGCUCAUGGAAUACGGCGUCUGUGAGAUUGAUGAUUUCGAUGUUUGAAGAUGCAUAUGCCUUCGACCAGUUUCUGGGAUUCUGGAACAUUUGGUCUGUGGUGGAUCGUUUGCACAUGUUCCUGAACGCCACGUCCUUUGAUCAACCUCCCUGUAGGGCCGGACGGGCGCCUGCUGCAAACAAUCUAGGCUGUACACCUUGCCCAGCUGGGCAGUUCGCUGUGGCUGGGGCGCGCGAUUGUGAAUCAUGCCCAGCUGGUUGGAUCUCAUCGAGAAAUCGAACUGUUUGUGAACAAUGUCCAGAGUUUGAAUAUUCCACCGGCAAAUCGGAUGCAUGCAAACGAUGUAAUUUCCCACUGAUCUUGAUGCAGAAUCGUUGCGUUUGGUGGCACUUGCCCUUGAUGGCCUUUGGCAUCGUGGGCCUGGCAGUGGCUGGAAAAGUGGUCGCUUCCUUCUCGCACGCGCGGACGGCGAAGAAGGUGGAGACCAUCAUGAGUGAGCUGUAUCAAGACCUGUGGAUUGAUUCUGAAAGCAUCCACAAGUAUUCCGCCCAGCUGGAAGCGCUUGGACUCCAAGAUGCCGACGUGGCUGAGCGCGUGACGGCCAUGCGGGCAUUGCAAAGCGAACGUGCCGGUGUGAGUAUGAGAUACCUCUUGUCGGAGAGCUUCCAUCACCUGGCAACCAGCCGAACUGGCAAGGAGGACCCAAGCUUCAUGGACAUGAAGACGGCCUUUUGGUUGUCGUCGGACCCCAUCGGCCACGACGUGCGCUGUCCCCGCGACGGUCGGAUGGGUUGCGCCCUGGUGGAUUGGAUCCCUUCGGCGGAGCGCCGAGAGCAGACGCACUUUAUGUCCUGGACCUGGCAGUACUCCUUGAUGCAGGUUAGAAGCGCACUGGACAUGUUCCAAGUGAUGACCGCUGAUGGCCCCGCAUUGGAUGGAGGCGGUGUGUUCUUCUUCAUGUGUUUCUUCGUGAACAACCAGUUUCGCAUCAUUGUGGAGGAAUCGACCACUGGCAGCGCGAAUCUGGAGGACGUCUUUGAGAAUCAUCUCAAGCGCAUCGGCCGGAUGGUGGCGAUCCUGGAUACCUGGGAGCAGCCCGUGUACUUGCAGCGCAUUUGGACCGUCUACGAGCAGUUUGUGGCCUCCACCCUGGAGAUUCAGGUGACCUUCGUCAUGCCCUCGGCCGCUGCCGGACGGCUGGAGCAGCAGAUCUUCCGGGGCGCGAAGGGCAUCGUCGAGGUCUCGCAGGCCGUGGGCUGUGUGAACUCGCAGCUGGCCACCGCGUGGAAGUGGGAAGAUGAAGUGAAGGUCAAGGCCUUGAUCCAGGAGCGCGUGGGCUUUCAACACGUGGACCAACACGUGAAGCGGGUGAUGGUUCGAUGGAUCGGAGACGUGAUGAAGGCGAAGUUCCAAGAGCUGGUCGACCACACCUGCAGGGUUCGCGAGUGUGGGGGGAAGGCGAGUGUGAGGCAGAUUGUUCAGGUCUAG